ACGCCAAACUGGAGGGCCAAAGACUCGAACAUGAAUUUGCUUGGUUUGCCAACCGUCUGGGCUUUCUGUUGGGCGGCUGUCUCCACGGCCUGCAGGAGGCAGCCUGUACCUGAGGAGGAGAGGAGUAAAAGCUUCACAGGACACCUGAUGGAUCUGGUUGCAGACAUGGACCAGUGCUCAUGUUACAGCUCACAGUGCUGGAGGAAAGAGUUUUACUCAUACGGUGUGUGCUUACAUCUAUGGAUGCUGCUUAAAAAGUCCUCAACAUGCCAACGUCCAAUCAGGGCUGGCCAGAGGACUUUGGCUUCCAGCUGGGUGGGAAUGGACCCAGUUACAUCCUGUCAGUGGAGGAAGGCAGCAGUGCUCACCUGGCUGGACUGCAGGCUGGAGACCAGGUCCUGGAGAUUGAGGGCCACAAUGUGUCCACACUGGGGCCACAAGCUGUUAUAGCAAUCGCUCAGACGCAGAAGAACAUCCCUCCGAGUAUUGGAGUGGUGUCACGUAUACAGCAGAUGGACAUCAUACCAGGGCCAGAUGGUCGUUUUGGCUUCACUAUCGUGGGCGACUGCCCCCUGCUGGUGGAGGACUGUUCCCCAUGCUCUCCUGCUGGCCGUGCAGGUCUGAGGGUUGGAGAUUUUGUCAUGGAGGUGAACGGGAUCCCUGUCAGGCAGCAUGAGACAGCAGCCGCACUGAUCAAGGCCUCACAGGGCAGAACGCUGCGUCUGGGCGUGUUGUGUUUGUGUCAGAGGCAGAAGCGCAGCAGCAGCAUGGAGGACAGUCAAGCAGGAGGAGAGGGAACCAAGCAAGGACGGAAACAUAAAGCUCUGGAGUUUAACAGGAAGGUGGAAGAGAUCCUGGGAGAAGAACCAGAGGUGAAGGACAAGCUCUUCUCAGUGCUGAAGCAGUACGCAGCGGAGAAGAGUUAUGAGUGGUUGGCCUCUGUCCUGCCGGAGAUUCUGACCACGGACGAGCAGCGGCAGCUCUUCACCAACAUUAGAAUCUUUAUCCCGAAGAAGCACCGGCAGCGCUUCGACGAGGCCGUCUCCCAGAACGUCAUCAACCGCUUGUGCCGCAGCAAGAGCAUCAGCGAGCCUCAGGGCAGAGUGAGACGCAGCCGCAGCGAGGACCACUCUGAGAGACACCACGGGUCCAAACGAGCCAGCUCCGUGCCCAGAGACGGAGGAGAACCUGAGAGGGACAGGGGCGUGAGGAAGUCUGUCUCUGGGAUUCCCCCACACCCUCCCAUCGGACCCAAUCAGAGGAUCGUCCGGGUUUACAGAGGGAAGAAGAGUUUUGGCUUCACGCUGCGAGGUCACGCUCCUGUCUGCAUCGACUCAGUCAUCCCAGACAGUCCUGCUGAGGAAUGUGGACUGAAACCUGGCGACCGCAUUCUGUUUCUCAAUGGACUGGACAUGAGGAACUGUUCCCACGAGAAGGUGGUGUCCAUGCUGCAGGGCAGUGGAGCCGUGCCCACCCUGGUGGUAGAGGAGGGUCCAUUGGACUUCUCCUCUGACCCGACCGACCCUGAAGACUCUCCUAAUCUGGCGGCCACUACUUUGCCUCGCUCCAGGUCUCCUGCACUCAGCUCCUUACAGUGGGUUGCAGAGAUCCUUCCACCCAGCAUCAAGGUCCAUGGACGAACCUUCAGCCAGCAGCUGGAGCACCUGCUGACCAUCCAGGAGAGGUACACCAUCUGCAAGUCGUUGGAAACCUUCUUUCAGCAUCGAAACGUGGACACCCUCAUCGUGGACGUGUUCCCAGUGCUGGACACUCCAGCCAAACAGCUGAUCUGGCAGUUUAUUUACCAGCUGCUGACCUAUGACGAGCAGGAGCGCUGCCAGCACAAACUGUCGCGCUUCCUGGGAUUUAAAAGCAGCAUUGUGUUAGAGCCCGAUGGUCCGGAACAUCACAGACGCAGCAGCUCAGUGCGAGUGACUGGAUCGUCGUACCGGGGCCUCGUUCGGGAAAGAAGCUCAGAUGACUGCAUCAUUGGGACUCACCUGGGAAUGGGAAUUCAUGUCGAUGAAUCUGGGAGCCAGGAGGAGAGGCAGUCGGGAGACGGGACCUCCUUCCCCGAGUCCCCUGACCUCAGUCAUAUGACAGGUGUGUACACGGAGCUGGAGAACGUGUACAGGAGUGUGUCUCCACUGCAGGGGGGCUCCUCAGGGGAGGCCGAGAGGCCUGGACAGACUGAGGCCUACGGCCGCUCUCUCUCCCCUCUCACACUCCCACCUCUCACAGGAAACCGUAAGUCUGGUCUGUCCCUGUCCUGGAAGGAGCCCCUUCCCACCCCGGUCUACGAGAUCCACCACCAGAGCAGUGUGGACUCUAACCCUUACGUCAGUCUGGAGAGUCCUCCAGUUUCUCCUCAACCUCCAGAGAGUGGUCCCAACACACUGACCCGUCGCAGGAAGCUCUUCACCUUCUCCCGUCCGCCGCGCAGCCGUGACACCGACAAAUUUCUAGACGCCCUGAGCGAGCAGCUCGGCCACCGCGUCACAUCAGUGGACAACUUCAUCCACGGAGAGAACGACUACGAGGAGAUGAGUUUCCAGGAGGAGCAGGACUUGACCUUUGUGCCUCGUCGGCUCAGCAGCGGCAGCAGCGUGGACCACAGCAGCAGUGAUGAGGCCUCUUCUCCUUCUUAUUCCUCUGAAUCAGAACCCAUCCCACCUCCUCCUGAGCAAAGUCCUCCCCCUCCUCCCCCCUACCAGUCUCUGAUACCUCCCCCUGUCCAGUUCACUGACCCCCUGCCACCCGUGCGAUUCUCUCCAGAGCAUGUCCCCCGCAGCCGGAUGCCCUUCCAGCCACACCACCCAAUCAUCCCUCCUCCCCCACCUCCUCCCAGGACCCUCCUCUCCAGCCGCUCCCCUCGACACAAGGUGCUGCCCACCAGAGAGGAGAUGGAGAAGACCCUCCAGCGCUUUCAGACGACCUGCUCCAGCCACCUGACCCAAACGCUGGCCUUCACCCCCACCACCCUGCGCACCCGGCAGUCCUCCCGGCCCUGUUACCUCCCCCGUCAGCUCAGCCAGCCUCAGCCCAUCUGUCAGACGUCGCCCCAGCCGUCCCCUCAGCCGUUCAGGCCCACUCAGCUGGUUCUGCAGAGGCACCACCAGCUCCACCACCAGCACAGCUACCAGGGUCCACUGCCACCGUCCCUGCAGGACGACAGCUCCACCCACUGUACGGGCCAAGUCCCUGCAGGCUCUCUGCCACUCUCGCAGCUGCCGCUGUCUCACUCCACCCUCCCCACGCACUCCAAGACGUAUGAAACGACACGACCAGAAGUGCAUUCACAGCAGGCUCCACCUCCUCCACCUCCCCCGUUGCCUCCACCCUGUGAUGCCCCUCCACUGCCCAAACCAGGCCAGGCCUCCGACACCAACCACAUGAGUGUGAAGAGGCUGCGUUGGGAGCAGGUGGAGAACUCUGAGGGAACUAUUUGGGGCCAGCUGUGCGAGGACUCAGACUACGACAAGCUCACUGACAUGGUGAAGUACCUGGACCUUGAUCUGCACUUCGGCACCCAGCGCAGAUCCAUCUCUCCUCCAGAUCCAGCUUUUCUCACUGAGAACUUUAAGAAAAAGGAUGUGGUGGAGAUUCUGUCUCACAAGAAGGCCUACAACGCCUCCAUUCUCAUCGCCCACCUGAAGCUCCCCCCAGAAGAGCUCCGUCAGGUUCUGAUGAACAUGACCACCAACAGGUUGGAGCCAGCUCACAUCAAGCAGCUGCUGCUCUACGCUCCCGACGAUGAGGAGGUCAAACAGUACGAGCAGUUUGACCAGGAUCCUGCAAAACUCAGUGAACCGGACCAGUUCAUUUUCCAGAUGCUGAUGGUGCCGGAGUACAAGACUCGCCUCCGCAGCCUCUACUUCAAGACCACACUGCAGGAGAAAACAGAGGAGAUGAAGGUGGCCUACGAUUACAUCUACAAGGCUUCAGUGGAGCUGAGGAGCAGCAAGAAACUGGCCAAAAUCCUGGAGUUUGUUCUUGCCAUGGGGAAUUACCUGAACAACGGUCAACCCAGGAGCAACAGAACCACCAGUUUUAAGAUCAAUUUCCUCACCGAGCUGAGCACCACCAAAACUGUGGAUGGAAAAUCCACCUUCCUCCACAUCCUGGCCAAGUCUCUGUGCCAACACUUCCCUGAGCUGCUCAACUUCUCCAGAGACCUCACCACGGUUCCACUGGCAGCUAAAGUGAACCAGAGAACCAUCACAGCGGAGCUGAGUGACUUUCACACCACUAUCCAGGACAUCAGGACAGCCUGUCUGAAGAUCCCGUCCACGGCUGAGGACCACUUUGCUUCAGUGAUGAGUAGUUUCUUGGAGAACAGCCAUCCUGCAGUCCAGUCUCUGGAGUCCAUGCAGUCCCAGGCCAUGGAGGAGUUCUCCAAGACGGCCUCCUACUUUGGGGAGGACAGCAAGUCCACCAGCACUGAGACCUUCUUCGGCAUCUUCUCAGAGUUCAUUUCCAAGUUUGAGAGAGCUCUGAGUGAGACCCAUACUCCAGAAAACCCCAGGAGUCCCAGACUGUCUUCACCUCUGGCCUGGUAGACGCAGGAACUGUGGACGAAAACAAAACUUGACAGAAACAUUUUCACUCUGCU